AUGGGCUCCCGACUAGAAAAGAACUCCACCUUGGUGCGGAAACGCAUCGAAAGCCAUACCUUCAGCGACGAGCAAGGCGAAGAAUAUGAGGCGUCCAAGUUCGGGGGUUUUGCCGACUACAUGCGGAGGAAGAAGAUCAAAUUACAAAAUCUUGAUGUUGAGAUCCGCUCGAAUUCCACCGAUAAACCUCCCAUCUUCCGCGGCGUCGUCGUUCAUGUCAAUGGCUACACUCAACCUUCCUUGAAUGAUCUUCACAAUCUGGUUGUCAGCCAUGGAGGAGGAUUCCUACAAUAUCUUGAUAGCAAGACUGCUGUCACCCAUGUCGUGGCAAGCAACCUCACUCCCAAGAAGGCUGUCGACUUUGCGAGGUAUCGCAUUGUCAAACCGGGAUGGAUAGUGGACAGCAUCAAUGCCGGGAGAUUAUUACCUUGGGAUUCGUACAGAUUGGUCGAUGAAGGCGUUACACAGAAAGUUCUAGGAUUCGAGAAUGGUCAAAUUGUCAGUCAGGCGAAUAGUCAACGACGGGGCUAUCGCGAUCAGCCCGAGACCAAUUGGUAUGCUUCCCAACUUUGCAAAUCUCCGGGAGAUCCAGUGGCGAGGGCCGUGAAAGAUGUCCAGUCACCAGCCCAUAGUCUGGACAAACUCGAGUCUGCCGAUGAGGUCGACCAUGAUAACGAUGUGGCGAUGUGCGUGGAGCCUCCCCUUGACAUGGAUGGUGACAUUCCAGUGGAUGACGAUGCCCAAAAACUCGAUGCGCCUCAAGACAGACCGGCUCAACCAAAUACGCCCCACCGAGAUCAAAGCGCCACCUCGUCUUCAAAUCAGGGACCAAUGCUUGAGGAGCGCAAACUUACAGCUGAAGAGCAUAAUGCCAUUCUACUCUCGAAUCCGCAUUUGGCCAAGUCAAGCACAGCGAACCCAGAUUUUCUCAAUCAGUACUAUCGUGAAUCCAGAUUGCACCAUCUGUCAACAUGGAAAGCCGAGCUAAAAGCUCAAAUCCAAGCACGCACCCAAGAGAAGUCAUCGUCACAAAAGGCCCAACAGAAAAGAGCUCCUGGUUCCAGAAGGUACAUUAUGCACGUGGACUUCGAUAGCUUCUUCGCCGCUGUAUCGUUGCGCAAGCAUCCUCAACUGGUUGACAAACCGGUCGUCAUAGCCCAUGGUAGUGGGCCUGGGUCUGAGAUUGCCAGUUGCAACUAUCCCGCCAGGAAGUACGGCAUCAAAAAUGGAAUGUGGAUGAAAUCAGCGUUGGGCUUGUGUCCAAACCUGAACUUGUUGCCAUAUGACUACAACGCAUACGAGGAAGCGAGUCGGCAAUUCUAUGACUCUAUCCUGGCCAUUGACGGUGUCGUUCAGAGCAUAAGCAUCGAUGAGGCGCUUAUCGACGUCAGCGACCAAUGUAUCAAGGCGGGUGGCACUGAUGGUAGAGGUGUCACGGAAGGAUCUAUCGACCGCGAGCAGGAAACUGCUCGGAAUCUCGCGCAAGGCCUUCGAAACUCCGUCAAAGAAAAGACUGGCUGUGAUGUGUCUGUUGGAAUCGGAGGUAAUAUUCUGCUGGCAAAGGUAGCACUCCGAAAAGCUAAGCCAGCUGGGCAGCACCUCAUCAAACCGGAAGAAGAACUGGAUUUCAUUGGCCAGUUAACCGUCACGGAUCUGCCCGGUGUCGCAUGGAGCAUUGGCAACAAGCUGGAAGAGAUUGGGAUCAAAUACGUCAAAGAUAUCCGGGAAUGUACCAAAGAGCGACUCAUCAGCGCAUUAGGCCCCAGGACUGGCGAGAAGAUCUGGGACUUUUCUCGAGGGAUUGACAAGCAAGAAGUGGGGGACCAAGUCGUCCGCAAAUCUGUGUCGGCCGAAAUCAAUUGGGGCAUUCGAUUCAUCAAUCAACAGCAAGCAGAUGAAUUCGUGCAAUGUCUUUGUGACGAGCUUUCCAGGCGCUUACUCGAACAACUCAUGAAAGGGAGACAAUUAACCAUGAAGAUCAUGCGAAAAGCCGCAGAUGCCGGAAUGGAUCCUCCCAAAAAUUUGGGCCAUGGGAAAUGUGACACUUUCAACAAAAGCGUGAUGCUUGGAGUGGCAACAUAUGAUGGCGCCGUCCUGGGAAAAGAAGCAAUUUCAAUUCUGCGUAGCUAUGGAUUCCCUCCAGGAGAGCUUCGUGGGCUGGGAGUCCAAAUGCAGAAACUGGAACCUCUCAAACCAUCGGGCACGGGCAGUGCCAGUGCGCGGGACAGCAGUCAGCGUCGACUACAAUUCAAGAAGCCGUCGACAGCCGCAUCGAAACCACCUUUGGAACCAGAGUCUUCCACCACGCCACCGCGAAAGCCUUCACCCCAGCUCAACGAUACGGUCGACUCCACUGAAGACGUUCCGACCCCGGAAAAAUCCAAAGCCGACAAUACUAUUCCCAGUGCUCUUGAUGCGAAUCGUUCAUUUAAAGAUGAUAUAUCUAACCAGAAACCUCUGAAUGUCAGCGGAACUCAGUUCAUCAUCCCAUCCCAAAUUGACCCUGCUGUAGUGGCCGAACUUCCAGCAGAUAUUCGGGCUAAAAUCGCACCAAGGCAAACGAGCAUAUUGGACAGCAUCAAAAAUAUCAGUCGCUCUGAAACACCACCCAACGACCAUUGGUCCCGUUCAGUUUCACCAAAUCCUAGUGAUAAUGAAACUGCACUUCCACGCCAGAGUCAGCUUGAUCCUGAAGCUUUGGCGGCCCUUCCAGACGAUGUGAGGGAAGAAGUGCUAGCUCAGUAUAGGGUCCAAGAGAUGCCAGUGAAACCCUUCCGCCAAAAUGGUUUUCUUCAAUCUCCAAACAUAUCUAAGUCUUCGGUUCCUCCAAAGAAAACAUUGCUCACCCCCACUAAAAAGCAGAAAUCGAUAACGUUAUUGGGCAAGACGCGGUCGAAACGAACAGGUGAUUCAUCUUCGACUCUCACACAAUCCAAUUUUGUGUCCAUGUCGAAGUCGACCUCUGGCACAGAUGAUCUCGAUUCAUAUGCUUCUGACGAAAUCUCGGAGUCCUUUUUGAAUGAGCUGCCCGAGGACAUCCGCUCUGAAAUACUGGCUGAACAGAAAAGAAACAGGAUGAAGGCUAGAUCUGGGUUGAACUUCGAGAGCAACAAGAGGAAGCCUCAGUCCACCAAGAAAGGAGAGCCGUUGACACCGGGACAGCAGAGGUUACAGCUGGCGAAACCGACUGAGAAGCCCACCUUCACUUCUCAAAAGCUCAGCUCUCUCCCGGAGCUCAGAGAUGCAAUCUCAGCUUGGGUUAGAGAAUUCUGUUCUGAUGGCGAAAGCCCCGACAAAGACGACGUCAAUGCUCUUUCUACGUAUCUCGGCAAAGUUGUCUCUAUUGAACGGGACAUGGCUAAAGCCAUCGCCGUCGUCAACUGGCUUGGGCUGGUGCUAGAAUACGAAAAUUUCAAAAGUGAAGACGUUCGGCUUUCAUGGAAGGAUGCUCUGAAUGUCCUGAAGAAGGACGUGCAAGCAGCUGUGAAGGAAAGGGGCCUGCCUACAGUUGUCUUUGAAUGUUGA